AGGCGGGGCGGGCGGAGGCUAGUGGAGCGGCGGCUGGGAGACCUGGGCGCGGGAGCUGGGCCUAGGUCGGUUCACUGGCAGCUGUGUCUGUGUGUCUUGGAGAAGCAGGGCCCAUUGGGAACGAUGCCACCACCAUCAGACAUCGUCAAAGUGGCCAUCGAGUGGCCAGGUGCUAAUGCUCAGCUCCUCGAAAUCGACCAGAAACGGCCCCUGGCGUCCAUCAUCAAGGAAGUUUGUGAUGGGUGGUCACUGCCAAACCCGGAGUAUUACACCCUCCGUUAUGCAGACGGUCCCCAGCUCUACAUCACCGAACAGACUCGCAGUGACAUUAAGAAUGGGACAAUCUUACAGCUGGCUAUCUCCCCGUCCCGGGCUGCACGCCAGCUGAUGGAGAGGACCCAGUCAUCCAACAUGGAGACCCGGCUGGACGCCAUGAAGGAGCUGGCCAAGCUCUCUGCGGACGUGACCUUCGCCACCGAGUUCAUCAACAUGGAUGGCAUUGUUGUGCUGACGCGGCUUGUGGAAAGCGGAACCAAGCUCUUAUCCCACUACAGUGAGAUGCUGGCAUUCACCCUGACUGCCUUCUUAGAGCUCAUGGACCAUGGCAUUGUCUCCUGGGACAUGGUUUCAAUCACCUUCAUUAAGCAGAUCGCAGGGUACGUGAGCCAGCCCAUGGUGGACGUGUCAAUCCUGCAGAGGUCCCUGGCCAUCCUGGAGAGCAUGGUCUUGAACAGCCAGAGUCUGUACCAGAAGAUUGCAGAGGAAAUCACUGUGGGCCAGCUCAUCUCUCACCUCCAGGUCUCCAACCAGGAGAUUCAGACCUACGCCAUUGCACUGAUUAACGCACUUUUUCUGAAGGCUCCUGAGGACAAGCGACAGGAUAUGGCCAACGCAUUCGCACAGAAGCACCUUCGGUCCAUAAUCCUCAAUCAUGUGAUCCGAGGGAACCGCCCAAUCAAAACCGAGAUGGCCCAUCAGCUGUAUGUCCUGCAAGUCCUGACCUUUAACCUUCUGGAAGAAAGGAUGAUGACCAAGAUGGACCCCAAUGACCAGGCUCAAAGAGACAUUAUAUUUGAACUGAGGAGGAUUGCAUUUGAUGCAGAGUCUGACCCUAGCAACGUCCCCGGGAGUGGGACUGAAAAACGCAAAGCCAUGUAUACCAAGGACUACAAGAUGCUGGGAUUUACUAACCAUAUCAACCCAGCAAUGGACUUUACCCAGACUCCUCCUGGAAUGCUGGCCUUGGACAACAUGCUGUACUUGGCGAAAGUCCAUCAGGACACCUACAUCCGGAUCGUCUUGGAGAACAGCAGCCGAGAAGACAAACACGAGUGCCCCUUUGGCCGCAGUGCCAUUGAGCUCACCAAAAUGCUCUGUGAGAUCCUACAGGUUGGGGAACUGCCAAAUGAAGGGCGCAACGACUACCACCCGAUGUUCUUCACCCAUGACCGAGCGUUCGAAGAGCUCUUUGGAAUCUGCAUCCAGCUGUUGAACAAGACCUGGAAGGAGAUGAGGGCAACAGCCGAGGACUUCAACAAGGUUAUGCAGGUAGUCCGGGAGCAGAUCACUCGGGCUUUGCCCUCCAAACCCAACUCUUUGGAUCAGUUCAAGAGCAAACUGCGGAGCCUGAGCUACUCGGAGAUUCUGCGACUGCGCCAGUCCGAGAGGAUGAGUCAGGAUGACUUCCAGUCCCCGCCCAUUGUGGAGCUGAGGGAGAAGAUCCAGCCCGAGAUCCUUGAGCUGAUCAAGCAGCAACGCCUGAACCGGCUCUGUGAGGGGAGCAGCUUCCGAAAGAUUGGGAAUCGCCGGAGGCAAGAGCGUUUCUGGUACUGCCGCUUGGCCCUGAACCACAAGGUCCUGCACUACGGUGACUUGGACGACAACCCUCAAGGGGAGGUGACAUUCGAAUCCCUGCAGGAGAAAAUUCCUGUUGCAGACAUUAAGGCCAUUGUCACUGGGAAAGAUUGUCCCCACAUGAAAGAGAAAAGUGCUCUGAAACAGAACAAGGAGGUGCUGGAGUUGGCUUUCUCCAUCCUGUAUGACCCCGACGAAACCUUAAACUUCAUUGCACCUAAUAAGUAUGAGUACUGUAUCUGGAUCGACGGCCUCAGUGCCCUUCUGGGGAAGGACAUGUCCAGCGAGCUGACCAAGAGUGACCUGGACACCCUGUUGAGCAUGGAGAUGAAGCUGCGGCUGCUGGACCUGGAGAACAUCCAGAUCCCCGAGGCCCCGCCGCCAGUGCCCAAGGAGCCCAGCAGCUACGACUUUGUCUAUCACUAUGGCUGAGCCCAGAGCCGGAGCUGACGGUACCCAGCAAGGGACUUGCGGCCCAGGAGGAACACUCACAGUCUGGUGCCUUGUCUUUUGCUUGUACAGAAUCUAUAGUGACCGUGGGGGCCAGUCAAUGCCAGUCACUCCUCAGACCCACCUCGGGCCACCCAGAGCUUCCUCUUGGUCCCUGCCCACUCUGAGUCGUGAAGGCAGGGUGCUCUGCCCUCCCCAUCACCGGGGAGCCUGGGGUCAGGCCGUGAGGAAUAAACAGCAGACGCCCUUGCCUUCCAGGCCAAGAAACUGCUUCUUGAACCGGAGUUAACAACGGCCACUCACCUUUUCUUCCUGAGCCUGCUCGCCAGUUGCCUGGAUCCCCAAGCGGGCAAGAGCUGGCCCAGGAAAGGCUGCCCCAGAGGACAGACGUGCUGGGCAUGUUGAGAGCCUUGGAGAGGCUGCCUUCGGGUGACCCGGGCCUGUGUCUCAGAUCUAAGUGGAAGCCUUGGCCUUUGCUCAGUAGAUGCCUUGCCCUUGCUUUUGCCGUCUUCGUGAGGGCUCACCUGGCCUCGUCCAGGGCCAACGUGCUGCUGAGGUUCAUCUCUGACAUCUCUGGUCUCCGGAGCCACCGGAUCCUCUUGCCCACGCAGUUGUCUGGGCAGAUGGACGUGUCUCCCUACAAGCUCUGUCUCUCAUCCUGGCAAGUCAGAGACAUGCAGGCCAAGUCCCACCCUCUUAGUCUCAAGGAAGAGCCCAGAUGAAGCCUGGGUCUAGACUGUGGUGAGGUCACUAGAUUCCACUCCCCUCCCGCCCCAUUUAUAUCUUUUCCUUCCGCAGGGAGAAACCUCCCACCUCACCUGAAUUGCGGCCCCUCUGGUUUGCUUUCCUUUGGCCUUCCAGACAUCGGGAGGUUAGCCUCCCUUGCUCCCUCCCCCAGUGCUGUGGUUUCUGCCAUUGGCCAUGAUUUCAGGGAGCCGGCUGGGGCCAGUGGAGGCCACAGCUGUGCCAGUGAGUCUUCCCUGGUGCUGUAGCACUUGUAAACCACACGCACAGCCCGUCUCCUUGGACACGCGUGGACACAGUGGCAUUCAGUAUUGGUAGCCUAGCAUGGUGGGUACUGCCCAAUGAAGAGUGUACUAUAUAUUUUCUUUACUAUAGGCCAUACUUAUACAGACAUGUAUAUAUAUUUAUAUAAGAUCUACCUAUCCUAGGAUGCAACGUUUGAGGGAAAAUAAAAUGGGAGGCCAAAAAAAAAGAAAAAGGUAACACUUCCAGUUGUGAGCCAAGAUUGUAACCUGAGAGUGGCCAGGAGCUUCCUGUCAGUAACCAUGUUUUCAAUAAAUACUC